UUGCUCCUCUACAAUAUUUUUAUAUCACACUUGCCCUCCUAUUAUUACCAUAAUAUCAAAUCUACCCGUUAACCCCGGUUCGACCGGUCUGAAUCCAAAACCAACGAGACGGGAAAAGUACUUGCCGGCUUGCCGCUGAGACGCAUUUGUGUCACCGUCCCAGAAAAUGAGUGCGCCGAUUCUCCGCCGAAGACUGCAGCAGGUUGCGUUGUGCUUCUUCUCACCCGCUCGAGCUCGGGGAUUCCGGUCCGAUGCAGCUCUGAAGGCCGUGGCCAAGGCUAGAGAGGACGGGAUCCGCAACCUCAUCCUCUACAACUAUCCAUCCUUCUCCGGAGCUUUCUCCGCUCUCUUUGCUCACCGCUUCCACUCCCGCCUCUGCCUCCCUUUCCUCGUCUUGCCUUACUCCUCCGCCGUGCCCCUCAGGGCUGAAGAUUUGUACAUAGAAGGGCUCCAGCGAUGCUAUCUUCUCGAUUUCGCUGGUCCACGCGGAUUCGCUGCUCAAAUAUCUCGACGGUCCAUGUGCGAAGUGAUUGCUUUCGAGCACCGGAAGUCUGCGAUUUCGCGCAUUCGUUCUCCGGAUGAUGAUAGUCAACCGAACGUUCGAUUUUGUGUUGAUCAUGAGAAGAGCAGCUCUAGAGCUGCGUACAACUAUUUUGCGGACAAGCUUGCUGAAGAAUGCAAGCUGUCUGAAGACCAAGUAGCCAAAUUAUUGAACGCGGAAGACGAAGCUCGUGUUGAGACUAUUUUGAGUUAUAUUGAAGAUAGCGACCUUCUGAGGUGGAGCUUACCAGACGUUAGAGCUUUUAACAUUGGUUUCAGUGAAUGGAGGCAGAGGAUAAAUUGCAUCACUAACCCCUACAUGUUUGAAGAGUUGCUAGAGCUGACCGCUGCUGAUUUAAUUGCGAAAGGAAAUUCACAUAUUUCUUCUGACCGGGAUGCUGCCACCAAGCUUCUGGAUAUAGUCUUCAAAGUACGAUUGGGCAGAGGAUUUUAUGGGGAAUGCCUGGGAGUUAGAGCCGAUGGCAACUCUAAGUUGAGUGAACUGCUUGGCAAGGAACUAAGUGUUAGAAGUGCUGCAGUUGGUCUGAGGCCGAUUGGAGCAGUUGUCUACAUGCACCGGAACAAUCUUAAGAUGUGCUUGAGGAGUACCGAUGCUUCUACUGAUACCUCUGAAGUUGCAAAGGCAUAUGGGGGUGGUGGUUCACCAAGUUCCAGUUCCUUCAUGAUAAGGAUGGAUGAGUACAAUCAGUGGCUUUCAGCCAAUUCAUCAUAAUCAGUCGCAUGAUCCAUUUUGCCAUUCACAGGCUGACUGAGUCUGAAUUUCUCUGACUGUGCGCCACUGUGAUUCAGUCGAUUGGAGGAUUUAGUCAUCCUCAAUUUCAGAGCCCUGCCUUGUUUAGGCCUCAGCUGGAAAGGGUCAGCCUUCAAAAAGAGAGCUCAACUUCAGUGUAUGCGGUGGGCACUAAUGGAACCAGAAUUGCCGUCGAGAGAUUGCUGGCAAAGGGAGGUCCUUCAAUGGAUCCCAGCACUCGAGUGGAGAAGAAAAUGGAUCCAAGGGAAACCCUUCAUUCCAACGGGAUAUGUGUUAACAUGGUGCACUGCUGUUGUCCAAGACAUCAUUGGAUGCCACUUCCCCAUACUUCUGCGAAUAAGCAAAAUGGCAUUCUUAAUCCAUAUUGGCUGAGCUACUGGCAGCUGGUGAUACUGUCAGGCUUUGUUUCUGUUUCUGAGUCAAAUGGCGGUCCCGAGAAAGGGCAAUUCUGAGGCCAUCUUUAAUCAAUUGAAGUCUCAACUCAAGUAUGGGGAGGUUUGUCACCGCAUAAUAGUGUCUAGUCGUUGCCAUCGUUUUGUUUUGUUAGUCCUUUUGUAGUUAAAUUGAAUUGGGAUUAGAUAUUUGAUUGAGACUAGGGAUUCGAAUUAGGGGGAAUAAGGUAUCUUGUGGAGGAAGGUAAAGGAAGGAAGGAGAAGAGGGUUGGGUAUAGGGGUGGUGUUGCAUUCUCCUAAAGAAACAUAACGAUAAAAUGAAAUAUUUUUCUU